AUGGCCUCCUCGCACGGCAUUUGGAUUGCUCUAUUUCUGAUCUCAGUGAUGACAAGGGACAUUGGAGUAUUUGGUCGCGCAGUAGACAAGCUGGGAUUUCUGUUACAGUCCCAGAGAAGUGCAGAAGAAUCCUCCGGACUAACUUUACGCACGGACGCGUUGAGGCGCUGGAGACGCGGGGUCGCGGAGACGCAGCUGGAGCGGUGCGCAGAGCUGGUGGCUCCUUGGCUGGAAAACACGCACGCGCCCCAGGAUAACGCGACGCUGCUGCAGCUCCGUGUUCGGCCCUUUGCCCCUGGAGCCUCCCGGGGCCCGGUUUUCCCAGGAAAAUCUCUCUUCAGCUUUGUCCGACGGGUUUACCACUGCUGUCAAGAAGGAGUAAACUGCAAAAGCGUAAAAGGAAUUCAAGGCCGACUGAGAGGAGGCACAGAUGUGGAGUUUCUCAUCACAAGGGAGAUUUUGUUGUUGACGGUAACGAGAGCCGAGCUCCACCUCCAACUUUCAAACCCACAACAUCUGGAUAUCUAUCCUGUGCUUUCAUCUUUGGCGAAGCGAGACAUACCUACAAGGUACAGUCUGCGGUCACAUGGCAACACGGUGGAGCUGAGAGUAGAUCUGCUGUUCCUUUUCCAGAGUCUGCAAGAGGCGGCAGGUGGUGCAGGAAGGGGUCCCAGCUUGGAGAACAUGAGGCGGGUGAUGUUUUCCUCCAGGAGGCAUCCACCAGGAGAAAAGCCUGCUUCUGAGGCUCUGCAGGACACUGAUGCUGAUGUGUGGGGGGAUGGGGUUGCCAGCACGCCGCCUGCUCUGGAGCUGGGCCUGGCCCUGGGCUGCAGUCAGGCUACAUCGGGGGUGUCUUGUGGAUCUGGUGGUGUUCAUCUCUCACACACACCCUUCAUGGCUCUGUACUACAGAUGAUGUUAAACUGGGACUGGACUGGUGUUCUGCUUGGAAACAUUUCAUCCGGUGAAUCUAUUUUCCAACCGAAAAGACACAUAGCCUCAAAGCUGAUAAGGAAA